UAUUUAUUGCAUCGGCCAAACAGUGCCUGCACAUAGCGGAAAUGUAGUGAAUGUUAAAUGAGUGAACGAAUAUUACAUUUUAAAAAAAGAAGGUGGAGAACAGUGUUUGAAGUAUGCUGCCGUUACACUAAAAAUGGUUCCUGCAGAGCUUCCUUUUGAAAGCUACAGAGCUGCCCUGCGCAGGCGUGGGAAGAUGGCCCACACCCGCAUCUCCAUGUACCUGCCCCCCGAUGUCAACCCCAGCCAGGCGGCCAUUGCCUACGGCUGCCGGGCGCUGCCCAAGCUGAAUGAGGAGCUGCAGUCGGAGGACCUGCUGACGAAGCAGAAAGCCCUCAUGGCUCUGUGUGACCUCAUGCAUGACCCCGAGCAUGUCUACGUGGCCAUCCACAUAGGCUGCUUGGAGAGCCUGAAAGCUUUGCUGAAGGACACCAACAACAUGGUGCGGAUCAAGACCACUGAGGUGCUCUCCAUUAUGGCAACCCACAACGUGGGCAGGGAUGGCUUUUUAGAGCAUGACAUCAUCCACGCCCUGUCCUACCUGCUGAACGACCCCCAGCCGACCUGCCGGGAGAACAUGCACUUGGCAUUCAAGCACCUGGCCCAGCUGCCUGCAGGCCGGAUGGCAUGUCAGGCUCCCAGUCCACCAGUCCUCGAGGGACUGACACCAGGGAUGCUGGAGGAACCCGUCUCCUCCCUCUUCUGCCAACCCCGUGUGGACAGAGUGUCCCGUAGGUGA